AGUACAUGAUUACAUUCAUCAUGGGGAGUUGGUACAUGUACAUGACACAUUCUUUUUACGUCUUUUUCUUGACAAUCCAGUAUGUAAAGCAAAUAAAAAGCAGUCCUUGUUUUGGCCUGGGAGGUGUUUAUGCCUAGAGAUCUCUACAAGGAACCCCCAGGAAGUCCAGGGAUCCUCCAAAAUAAUGUAAGAAAUCGUAACUGUACAUGAGCUCUUCUGAGCAAAACCAUUACUUCUAUAGUUCAAAGCAUUUUAUUGAAUUUUUCAAAAGAAAUCACAAGACAGGAAAUCUAGAGCCUGUAGUCUAAGGUUCCAAGGGGCAGUUUGGGAAACCUUGUUCUAGUCCGUUUCUGUUCUUUUAGAAAAUAGCAGUGCUGUUGUUCCUCUUGAUGAUCUUUUUUUUUUUUUUCCCCACAGUUUCUUAUCAUAACUAGAAAGUACUGUUGGCCUGUUUAUGGUUUAUCUUCCUUUCUCCAGAAGACCAACGUCAUGGGGCCAGGAUCUUGACGGGUGUGUCGUCCCUCACACUUGGCGCAGUUCAAAAUUUUCAAAACAAAUGGUUGAGGAUGAAAAUUGGGGUGUGCAAAAGGGCAGAAACCAGUAAUGAAGUCAGCCUCACCUCAUGCAACCUCCAUUAGCUCUGGAGCCACCUCUGGGACCUGGCCUGGGUGAUGAGCUCCAAAGACAUCUUUUCAUCUCCAGCAUCCUGGCUCCUAUCAGCAGGCUUUUUAUCCUGCCAGAAGCCAGACAGCUGGCUCCAGCUUCUCCUGGUCAGCACCAUGGCCAAGACCCUUAGUGACCAUCUGCUGAACACUCUGGAGGAGCUUGUGCCCUAUGACUUUGAGAAGUUCAAGUUCAAGCUGCAGAACACCAGCCUGGAGAAGGAGCACACCCGGAUCCCCCGGGGCCACCUCCAAAUGGCCAGGCCAGUGAAGCUGGCCACUCUGCUGAUCACCCACUAUGGGGAGGAGUAUGCCGUGCGGCUGACUCUGCAGGUCCUGCGGUCCAUCAACCAGCGCCUCCUGGCAGAGGAGCUCCACAGGGCCACUGGCCAGGAACUUGGGACACAAGAAAGUUGCACUGACACUUUGGCAGCGUCUUCUGGAGAGAACAAGUCCAAGAGCCUGAAGGUACCAGAUGACCCUGCAGGUGACGGGCAAGGCGGCGAUGGGGCAGCCAGCUUGCCAGCCAGCCAGACUGAGGCAGUGAGGGGACCUCAGAAGAAGUCUCCAGGCAAACGGAAGGACCCAAAGGGCCUUGAGGGCCUGGACGUGCAGGGUAAGCCAUGGGCUAGGAAUGCAGCGCUGCCAGCCAGGAGAAGCCCAGUGCUUGCCCAGCAGCAGCAGGGGAACUUGGAGGUCCGGGCGAGUACCCAGCUCCGAAGGAAUGCCAGCUCAGCAGGAAGGCUCCAAGGGCUCUGUAGUGGGGCCUCAGGGAAGAGAGACUCCAAGAAACUAGAAGUAUAUUUGCCUUCAGGAAAAAAGCGACCCAAAAGUCUUGAACUCACUAUUUCUUCAGAAAAGGAAGAACCCCGGAAUCCGGAAACUCUUCUGACAUCUCUUGAGGAAAUGAGAAACGCAAAUGCAGACUCAGCAACCGCUUCCAGAGUAGGGGCUACUUUGGCUCUGGAGAAUGGCUCCAGGAACACAGAACGUUCCACAGUCAUGGAGGGGGGUACGCUCAGGAUCACACUUUCCAGUGCAUCUUUGGCUAGAGAGGAAAAAUCCACAGCAUCCUUCAGGGAAUAUGGAACUGGGCAUCCAGAGACUCGGGGGAAGAUGGCAGGUGGUGUGUUUCAUGAAUCCUCAAACCCAGAAGUACCUUCAUCUUCAGGGAGACCACAGGGUGAAGCUGCAUGUCCCCAGUGCCCCACCCAGGAAGGGGAUCUGCUUGGUAGUACGUGUGUGCAUGGUUCCUGCAGCUGCCCUGUUGCUUCUGGGGACUCCAAGACCUUGGGGAACAGCUUUCCCGGCUGCCUGCAGUGCCAGGCCUUGCUGGCAAGGAAGAGUUCUGGAGAUGUGAGUCCCCAGGCCCUGCCACAGUGCCAGCGCCACAUGAAGCAGGCACGGCUGCUCUUCUGUGAGGACCAUGGGGAGCUCAUCUGCCUCAUCUGCAGGCUGAGUCAGGAGCAUCAAGGCCACCGGGUACGCCCCAUUGAGGAGGCCGCCUUGGACUACAAGGAGCAAAUUCAGAAGCAGCUGGAGCAUCUGAAGGAGCUGAGGAAAUCUGGGGAGGAGCAGAGAUCACAGGGGGAUAUAAAGACAGCACGCUUCCUGAAACAAACUGAAACUCAGAAGCGGAGGGUGCGGUGUCAACUGGAGCAGCUGUAUCAGUUUCUUGAGCAGCAGGAGCAGCUCUUUCUGGCCUGGCUGGAGGAGCUGGGCCAAACCAUUGCCCGAGUCCGGAAGACCUACGGCACCCGGGUAUCCCGGGACAUUGCCCUCCUCGAUGAGCUGAUUGGGGAGCUUGAGGCCAAGCAGGGACAGUCGGAAUGGGAGCUCAUGCAGGACAUUGGAGUCACCUUGCACAGGGCCAAGACAGUGACUGUCCCUGAGGCCUGGGCCACUCCUCCAGAGGUGAAAGAAAAGAUCCACCUGCUGUACCAGAAAUCAGAGUUUGUGGAGAAGAGCAUGAAGUACUUCUCAGAUACGUUGCGUUCUGAAAUGGAAACAUUCAAUGUUCAAGAACUGACUGGUGCUCAGGCACAUGCUGUUAAAGUGUUCCUGGAUCCAACAACUGCCCAUCCAAACCUUGUCUUUUCUGAUGAUAUGAAGAGCGUGAGACUCGGAGGCAAAUGGGACAGGCUGCCUGACAGCCCAGAGAGAUUCAACAGCUGCAUCUUCACGCUGGGCUCUCCAAGAUUCUUCUCUGGCUGCCACUACUGGGAAGUGGAGGUUGGAAACAAGACGGCGUGGGUCUUGGGAAUAUGCAAGGCAUCCACAAGCAGGAAGGGAAGCGUGACUCUAACACCGGAGAAUGGCUACUGGGUGGUGAUGAUGAUGAAGUCAAAUGAAUACCAAGCAUCUACCAUUCCUCCAACCCACCUGCGAAUGAGUGAACCCCCCAAACGUGUGGGCAUCUUCCUGGACUGGAAGGCGGGACACAUUUCCUUUUAUAAUGUGACAGCCAGAUCCCACAUCUACACAUUCACCAGCUUCUCUGCCUCUGGGCCCCUUCAGCCUAUCUUCAGCCCUGGAACACAUGAUGGGGGAAAGAACAUGGGUGCUCUGACCAUCUGUGCAGUGGAUGACCAGGGGCCUCACUGAAUGCCCAACACUGUGCCUCCACCCAUCUCCUGGCCUUGCAUCUUGCAUUCAGGCACUCAGCAGUUACUGACUGCAUACCUACUAUGAACCUUCUGCUGCUAUAGGGAGGGCAGUGAAUAAGAAAUAGUCCCAAUGCCAAGAAGUUUACCAAGCCAUAGCAGAGGUCAGGUAAGUAUACAAAUAUUGGCAAAUCAGGAGUGAAGCUGACACACACGUUGAUGACACGCAGUGGAUUUCAGAGGAGGAAGUACGUGAAGGUUGUGUAAUGAGUUCUGGUAUGAAUUAGCACUCUCAGAUCCUCUGGAAACAAAAGACACUGCUCUCAUUUUUCCCUUCCCACUGUCUUCCCUCUGUCUGCCCCUGUUCUGAGGACACAGGAAACCUAGAUAAAACACAAAGAUACUGGACUGUUACAAAAGUAUUUGUAUGCCUGCAUUAAUGAACUAUGAUUCUCAAGGACAUGAACUGGGUCUCACAAAUAAAUCAAUCAGAAAAUCUGA